AUGCCCUCUCGUUGCGCGCAGUCGACUCUCCUCGCCCAUCGCCCUGGCGCUGGCCUUGAAACGCUCUCGCGGCUUCCUUCUUCACUCCCCUCCCAUUACCCACUUCGUCGCCUUUGCGCUCGCUCUGAGCCGCCCUCCCGUUGCCUAUCAUCUCUCCACUCCCAUCCCGUCGCCCUCGUGUUCCCCUCUCAUCUCGCCCUCGAAACGGGCUCUCCGUUUUUGCCGCCCUCUCUCAGGCCCAAACUCACGUUCUCCCCUUCCCCCGCCAUCGCGCUCACGUUCUCCCCUUCCCCCGUCAUCGCGCUCACGUUCUCCCCUUCCCCCGCCAUCGAGCUCACCUCACGUUCUCCCCUUCCCGUCACCAUCGAGCUCACGUUCUCCCCUUCCCCCGCCAUCGCGCUCACGUUCUCCCCUUCCCCCGCCAUUGAGCUCACGUUCUCCCCUUCCCCCGCCAUCGCGCUCAUCUUCUCCCAUCUUCGCACCACCUUCGCGCUCAUGGUCUCCCCUUCUAUCACCUUCGCGUUCAGAUACUCCCCUACCUUCUCCCAAGCACCACACGUUCUCCCCUCCCCUCGCCAUCGCGCUCAAGUUCUCCCGUCUUCGCAUCGCCUUCGCACGCAGAUUCUCCCCUCCCAUCUCCCUCGUUCUCACGUUCUCGUCUCUCAUCGCCUUCGCGCUCGCACCUCCCGUCCCUUCCUGUUGCCCUCGUGUUCUCCCGUCCCGUCCCGUCGCCUUCGCGCUCGCACCUCCCGUCCCUUACCGUCGCCCUCAUGCCGUCCCCUCCCCAAUGCCCCUCCCAUCACCCAACCAGUAACCUUUGCCCCCUUAUUCUCUCCCCUCGCGUCCGUGUUUCCGUCGGCCUCUCACUCUCCUCUUCCGACUCCUUGA